AGAGCAGGGGUGUUUCCCAAAGCAGUGGGAGGGAAAUCCAGGGAGAUGGCCACAAUUCAAUGUUUAUCCUGCUGAGAAACGACGUUUCUGUGUUGGAGCAAACUUGUAGCAAGACAAUCCCAGUUACUACGGCCGCGGUGUGAAGGUGGAGGAGGCAGAGGAGGAGGAAGAGGAGGCAGAGGUGCCUCUGCUCUGAGCUGCAGCUUUGUGGAGCCUCCCCCUCUGCGCUGCUCCAUGAAUUAAUGAAGUGCUUUUCCUUUCCUGCAUGAAAUAUUCACCUGCUGCCAAGGGAACUGGGGGGGCUCGGGGAGCCAAGCCCGUGGAGCUGCUGGUGGGAGCCAGGUGGAAGGGACAGGCAGGGAGAGGGAACUUUGGAGCAGGUAGAAAUGAUAGCUGGGGUGAUAUCACUGCUGGGUUGUCACUUGGCAGCUCUGCUGUGGUGCCACCGGCGCCAGGUGACCACAGGGUGACAGGGUCUUGUCUUCCCUCCUCAGACAGGAGCUUUCUGAUGAUGGUUGAUGAUGGAUGCUUGUGCCCUCAGCGGUGUGGAGAGGUUUUUUUGGGCAAUCAGGUCACAGUCGGGUGUUGGGUGAGGUGCAAGCCCAAUGGGGUGAGCGCCAAACCGGAGAUGAGCACGGCACGUGUCUGUCCCCAAGGGGACCAUGUCCAUCCUGUGACAGGGCCACCCUCUGUGUGCUCACCCCAACCCUCACACCACCGCUCAGGGCUGCAAGACUGCCCCAAAAACCUCCAAGAUGGGUGGAAACCCUGCAAGAAAGGGCUGUACCUGUCCCCAAAGCCACGGUUGGGACCGCAGCCCUGCCGCACUCUUCCGGAGCAGGGAGGAACUGGGUGACAGCAGCGCGGGCUGCUCCACUUAGGAAGAAGGAGAAGUUGUUGUUUUUUAGGGUGUUUUCAUUAAAAAGAAGAAGGGGGUGGAGGGGAGCCCAAGCCCUGAAGCUUCAGCGACAGGAAGGAAGUGAAGUGGGUUAUUUCAGGCUCCAGUUGGCUGCUCGGGGCACGGCUCGACUCCUCCUUGCUCUGAUAGCAGCCCCUGGUGAACAAUGGGGUCCCGGGGCCCUUCCCGGCAGGAACACGGCUCGUUCCGGUGAAAUCUCCCGCUCCUGCUGAGUCAGCAGCUCCUGCUGGGCCGGGUGUGCUGUGAGGGCGCCCGGGGAACCGUCCCGGUGCAGGAGAGAUGGACACCUUCAGCACCAAGAACUUGGCCCUGCAGGCCCAGAAGAAGCUCCUGAGCAAAAUGGCCACCAAGACCAUCGCCAACGCCUUCAUCGACGACACCAGCAGCGAGAUCCUGGACGAGCUGUACCGGGCCACCAAGGAGUACACCCACAACCGCAAGGAGGCCCAGAAGAUCAUCAAGAACCUCAUCAAGAUCGUGAUGAAGCUGGGCGUCCUCUACCGCAACGGGCAGUUCAGCCCCGAGGAGCUGCUGCUCAUGGAGCGCUUCCGCAAGAAGGUUCACACCUUGGCCAUGACGGCCGUCAGCUUCCACCAGAUAGACUUCACCUUCGACCGCAGGGUCAUGUCGGGCGUGCUGACCGAGUGCCGGGACCUGCUGCACCAGGCGGUCAACGGGCACCUGACGGCCAAGUCGCACUCGCGCAUCAACCACGUCUUCAACCACUUUGCGGACUACGAGUUCCUGUCGGCGCUCUACGGCCCGGCCGAGCCCUACCGCACCCACCUCAAGAGGAUCUGCGAGGGCGUCAACAAGAUGCUGGAGGAGGAGAGCAUCUGAGCCGGACUCUGCCUCGCGGUGUCUGCUUUGGCCUUCGCCGGGCUCGCCGUGCCCUCCUCCUCCUCCUCCUCCUCCUUCUCCUCCUCUGCAGUGCUCUCUCGUGUUCUCCUCGUUUCUCCAAGAGAUUGAACCUGAUGACUUUGUGUGCCCAGGGUCUGCAAACCCCUCCCUGCACUGGGCUGAGCCCUCUCCAGGCCAUGCUGGGAUUUUGGGCCCCUGCUGUACAGUUGGAUUUCCUUUGCCCACCAAGUGCCUUUAGCUCAGAGUCCAAGGGUUUGGACUCUUUGCCUUGAACUCUGUUCCCUCUGAGGGGAAACUGAACCAAAGACUCGCGGUGUGAAGCACCUCUGAGGUGUCUCUGAGCAGGUGGGAGGUGUUGGGGGAUCAGUUCUGAGACCCCAUAACUGCAGGGCUGUGGAACGCCGUGGUUUUCCUCCAGCAGCUCCACAACGUGGUUGGGAGCAAAUCAUGGUCCAGACUUGUGCUGGGUGCCUCAGGCAGGAAGGGGCUUCUGCCUGGGCUUAGGUGUCCUCAAAGACAAAUCCCUGAGGCCAGGAGGAGCCAGGUGGAUCCCUCCUGACCUGGGGGAGGGCUGGGAGGAGCUGCUCCAUCCCUGGAUGCCUGGAACCACCCAACAGCCCACCAGCCUGCAGUGGUGGUGCCACCUGGCAGCUCCAACGCUGCCCUUGGUGGUCAAUCCAAAGCCCCCCUGGACUUCCAUCCCUCUUCCACACCUGUGACCGAGUGAUGUUCGUUUUUAGCAAACUCUGUAGCCCUGAUGAGUUAUUGAAAUAAACUCACUGUGUGGCCUGGGA